UAAAGCUCCGAGCGCUAAUGCUGUCUCCACUACAUGCGCGCUGCCUUCGUUUUCCCCAGCCUCUCUUUCUACUUUAUUGUGCAUUAUAGCAAUUUCCUCUGCAGCAGCAGCAGCAGCAGCAGCAGCAGCAGACUACUGUGCAAAAGAGGCUCGGUGCAACAAGUUUUGCAGGAGCCGUCGGCACAGGUUGGGCUCGCUUUGGCUGGAGCGCCACUCAUCUAUCUGUCUCUGUCACCACCAAAGUCACUGUACGUGAACGCUGCGUCGCAGGCGCACUCUCUCCAGACACACACACACACGCAGAACAGUGUGCCAUAUAUUCGUGACUCCGCGCCAGAUGCAGUUUGCUCCCAACAAGCGCGCGUAGUUGUAGUUAAAUGGAGAUCGCGGAGGCAAGAGGAGCAUCUAAGUGCGUGGAAAAAAUGGAGAAAGAAGUGGCGCCUCAGAAGCGACAGUAUUGCCGCACGACAGUGCUGAACAUUAUCUCGUCUUUAUGCUCAGUGGCGUCCAUCGCCUUUUGCAUUCUUCUGAGCAUUAACACAGCUGAUAUCAAGAGCCGGGUUGUGGAUUUGGAGAGUGGGAAUGACGAGCACACCUUUAUCCAUGCCCCUGGCUACUCCAUGGAUGAUUUUAAUUCAUUGAUUGAGCAAAGAGUGGAUGAGCUGCUCUCUCAGCGCUCCUAUGAAAAUUUUGUCAAGAUUCGGACUGCCAGACAAACAUCACCUGAAUGCAGCUGCCCUCCAGGACCUCCGGGAAAGCGCGGAAGAAGAGGCCGCAAUGGAGAACCUGGACCUCCUGGCCCCCCAGGUCCCAAGGGUGAAAAGGGGGAUCAAGGCGACCAGGGACCACGGAUGGUCUUCCCUAAGAUCAAUCAUGGCUUUCUUUCCGCUGACCAGCAGCUCAUAAAGCGGCGGCUCAUUAAGGGAGAUCAAGGGCAAGCUGGACCACCUGGGCCUCCAGGGCCACCGGGUCCUCCAGGGCCAAGGGGGCCUCCAGGGGACACUGGGAAAGACGGGCCAAGAGGUGUACCAGGUCUACCAGGUGAUCCAGGGCAGCCUGGAGAGACGGGAGUCAUGGGACCUGAGGGGCCACAAGGGCAGAAGGGUUCAAUCGGGCCUCCUGGCAUCCCAGGUGUUGAUGGACUGAAGGGGGAUGUUGGCAUCCCAGGAUUUGACGGUGUCCCCGGAAUCAAGGGUGAAAUGGGAGAGCGAGGUGAAAAGGGCGAUAUGGGUGAAGACGGACCGAAAGGUGAUACAGGAGAGAAGGGAGAUGCUGGCUCUUCAGCAGCAGGCAUCAAGGGUGAACCUGGAGAGCCUGGACGAAGUGGACUAAAGGGAGAGCCAGGACUUCCAGGGCUGCCUGGACUCCCAGGGAUAAAGGGUGAGCCUGGAUUCCUCGGUCCCCAGGGAGAGCCAGGGCUUCCAGGACUCCCAGGAACUAAGGGUGAGAGAGGCGACCACGGGCCACCAGGAAAGGGUGAAAGAGGAGACCUUGGACCUAUUGGACCAAAGGGUUCACAAGGAGAGGCUGGUAUACCCGGUGCCAAAGGGUCAAAGGGGGAGACUGGAGAUAAAGGAGACUUGGGGUCUAUUGGACCGAAGGGGCCCCCUGGGCAGAAAGGAGACCAAGGAGCCACUGAAAUCAUCGACUACAAUGGAAACAUUCAGGAGGCUUUACAGAAGAUUACCACUAUUACAGUAACGGGUCCUCCUGGACCUCCUGGGCCGAUGGGGCCUGACGGGAAGAAGGGCGAUCGCGGUAUGCCUGGUCUCCCUGGACUCGACGGUGAAAGAGGCUACAAAGGUUCCAAAGGAGACAUGGGAAUGCCUGGAGCUUCAGGGGAUAAAGGAACAACUGGUUUACCUGGCCUACCUGGUGUCAAUGGAGUAAAAGGAGAUAAGGGUGAUUCAGGUCUACCUGGGCCUCAGGGUUCUUCAAUCACCGGACCUCCAGGGCCACCAGGGCCCCACGGACCCCCAGGGCCCAUGGGCCCCCAUGGUUUCCCUGGACCAAAGGGGGAACCUGGUUUGCACGGUAUGAAGGGUAUCCGAGGGGAACCAGGACACAAAGGGGAUCGUGGUCCACUGGGUCUCCCCGGAGCCUCCGGCUUGGACGGCAAGCCCGGAAUUAGGGGCAUGGAUGGGCCUGUGGGUCCAGCUGGUCCAGCUGGGCCGAAGGGUGACAUAGGUGAGAAAGGAGCAACAGGCGAGCCAGGACCAAGGGGACCGUAUGGACUACCUGGAGCUGCUGGAACACCAGGCUUGGAUGGGUUGCCAGGCUUAAGGGGAGAGAAAGGCGACGUUGGGGAAAGAGGAGAAAAGGGUUUCCGGGGAUUUAAGGGUGAAAAGGGGGAACCAGGGCAGCCAGGUCUGGACGGGCUGGAUGCCCCAUGCCAAUUGGGCCCAGAUGGAUUACCAAUGCCUGGAUGCUGGCAGAAGUGAUCACUCUAACCUGAAACGCAUGGAGUUUGUAAAUAAUGCUUCUUUUAUGGUAUUUAUAGUUUUUUUAAUGGAAAAAAAAAUGUCUAAAAGAAAAGAAGUCUAUGUGUACGCUGAUACAAAAAAAAAAGAGAUAACCGUCCCGAGUGUCACGCUCUAAGCUGCUUCUACUCACAUCACCGUGUGGAAAACAAACAAACAAAAAAAAACGUGUGUGUCCGCUCUCUCACAUCCACAUCGUGGUGGAGUUCUGAUCCUUGGCUGGCGGCAGAACUUGUCUCUGUAGUCUUUGCAUGGCUCAGACUGGAGCGUCGCAGCCCAGCCAGAUUCCCAGGGGGUGAAAGGAGACGUGGAAGGAGGAGAUGGAGGAGGAGGAGGAGGAGGAGGAGGAGGAUCUGGACUGGCUCUCUAACACCAAAUGCUAGGUGUUUUGUGUUGUUUGGUCUCAACAAGCUCACCGCCCAUUCAUGCAGCACCAUUUUCUAAAAGACUAAAAAAAAAAAGAAGAAGAGGAAAAAAAACUGUGCCAAGCAGAACAUUGCACCCCGUACCCUGCAAAAGCAUGAGUAGUAAACUAUAUUUAUAUGUAUUGUACAUACCUGUCACUGUUUGUGGUUGCGUCAUGGCUUCUGCAGAAAACAACACUAACAUAAAAAAAACCCAACAACAACCCCAGAGCUCUGAAUUAGUAAUUUCUGCUUUCCUUUAAUCUUCCCAAGGGAGUCACGCCAUGGCUGGUAGCCUGAAAAUCCCCUGAGAGCUAAGUUGUUGGUUAUUGUUGCUUUAUUGUGGUGAUGCCUGCAGAGGGUAUGACAUCAGCAGGUUUUCACUGUUGCACUCACGUGGCUCAGCAUUGUCGUCAUCACCAUCAUCCGUGUGGUGGCUCCCACACCCACACGUCUCCGGACAAGAGGGGAGAGCUUAGCAGGCUCACUGCACAGUUGGGAAAACAAAUCACGUGGAUUUGAGAUUGGACAGGCCUGCUCGGGACGCCCGCCCCCCCCCCUCUCUGAGCACGGGAAUGGAUCCUGCAGGAGAGUCGCUAAGAGUCUCAUCGAUCUCCAUGGAGAUCAGCUGGAGCAUGCGCCUCUCCUCACAGGCAACGCUGCGAGAUCUACUGAGAGCGUUAACAGAAUGCAAUCAUGUUUUCUUCUUUUGACUUUUUGUUUUUUGCUCUCAUUCUUUAACAUUGUAUUUUGUGUAUAAUAGCCUUCGGUGCCUCAAGCUUUUAUUCAUUCCUUUAUCAGAAAUGUACAACUUUAUAUCAUAUUUUGGAUUAUUGGAAUGGUGUUUAUUUCAGGAGGGUAAGCUUUGUUUGGAGUAUUGGAAAGACACACAUUGCGCACAGUUUUUCAUAUGAACUUUACAAGAUGUUGAAAUAGCAUGUAGGUUACAGCUUCACCUGAGCGCACGGUAAGAUUGCAUCCAUCUCGACUGCCUCUGAUCUUACCCGUGGUUUUGAAAAAGCUCAUUGUUUGUGCAAAAAAACACACACACAGCAGUGUAACAAAUCUGCUACUUGUUCAUUCUGGACUUGUUGUAUGGGAUGUUAGUUGUACAGUGUUGUCAGUUCACUGCAUGUACACAAUUUAUUACUUACGAAUUUCUUAAAUGUUGACGAUAAGCAUUGAAUUGAGGGCGUGUAUCGGAAGUGUAAAGCUUUGUUUCAGGGGUUGGGGUUCGUAAUCGGUUUUACCUGAACACUCAGCAGCUGGUAUUUCAGAUGUGUCCGAUUCAGGGCAGAUUAUGUUUCGCAUUACACCUCAUGUGUUGUCUUAAACAUAUAAAAAUGUAUAUUACAGUGCAAGAAAAGCUAAAUUUGACAGACACAGCUAAUUGGUCGACGUCCAAUGAUUCACCACAGUCUAACUGGUGGCCAGUUAUGUCACAUUCCAUAUCAGAUGGAGCAAUAGGUUUAUUUUUCACCAGUCAUCCUUUCAUAUUUCUUAUAUUCAAAUUGCCUUCUGACAUAGUGGGUGCUAUGCAAGGUGAUGCUCUGUACUUGUUUUCCUCAGCGUUAGAAAUAUGCAUGAAUGAUUUACUGUAAGGGCAGAUGUGAAACACCAACAUUUUGUUGUGACGUAGCAGCAACCACAGGUGGAUUUGAGGAGAUUUAUUUCCAUAUGGUUUGAUUGUACAGUUCAUCUCAUGGUUAUUAAGAAUGGGUGCACAUCUGUAUAGAUUAUAAUGGUGCUAUCUGAUAGCAGGUCAACAGCAGCUCCGUUGAUGCGCUCUACCAGUGGCAAGAACUACACAACAGGUUUCUUUAUUGUCGUUGGGGUUUUAUGUAUGAAACAAGUUUUUCUGUGCAUAUAUUUGUGUAUUUGUCUCAGUAUUUUAAGUGGUACAUUAUUUAUUUUUCUAUAAUUUCUUAAAUGAAGGCAUUUUUGGUUUUAAACAGCAUUCCUUUCAGUCGGCUUUUGAUGUCAGUUUCCGCUCUUUCUUGGUAUCAUGAGGAAUUUUCGGGGCAUCACAUAACAGUUAUGCAAAUGGAACAGUGUGAAGGAAGGCGGUCAUUUACGAAAAACCAGACCAGUGUGUAUUCACUGUGCAUUUAUUUUAGAUCAUAGGCCUUACAAUGGUUCGUCUGCUUUUAUUUAAUUUUGUGUGUCGAAAAGCUAACUAUGACAACAGAGUACUGAUGGCCUGAGUGUCGACAGGCCCGGCCAAUGCAGCGGCGUAAAGUUAAACAUCACAGCUUUUUCUCACGCUUCCUCUUUUCUCUCUCUCUCUUUCUCUCUCUCUUUGCAUUGAAUGUAGUUUGAUAUAUGUAUAGUGGAUUAUUAAUGUACUGUUAAAAUGUGUGCUCAUUUGACAAGAAGUGCAAUUUAUACUUUGGUUAAUGUGUGUAGCAUCAAAUGCAGCUGAAAUGUCACAUCGUUGUGAUCUCUGUAGCUCCAUUUGCUCAGUCAUGCUACCCUGUGUACCACUACCUGGAAAGAAAAUGUUUAUUUACCCGAAGACAAAGAAACAAAUGUCAACAUCAGUUUUGGAACACAUUUCCUCAAAUACUGUCCCUUCACUCAUGUUUCAAAAUGUUAUUUCCAUUAUGUAAUAUUUACUAAAUUUUUGCAAUGUGUUUUUUUUUUUUUUAAAUUUUGUGAUUUGAUUUCCAGCCUUUGUUACAGUAUUUGUUCUCACAAGUUGCUGUAUCUUUAGCAUGUGCAGCUAAUUUUUUUAAUUGAUUUUUGUUUUUUAUUUGAUUGAUUGUUUUUGUUUGAUUGUUGUGUUUCCUUGUUAAAUAUUCAAUUUUAGUUUAUUCUGCUAUCAGCAGAAGUGCCAAAAUAUGACAUUUAUUUCCAUAUCAGUAUUAGCUGAGCUGGUGAGAGGCUCCAAAAUGACUCAGUGAUAGGCCACAUCUGUGUGUUUGUCAUAGUUGCAGAAAUACUCUGAGUCAGGUCUUCCUCUGAAGACACAGUCAGCCUAACACACACCCACUUACUCAUCGAGACCUCCCAGAUUAAAAGUGGUGGUGUGGGAUAAUUGACAAAGUAACAUCCAUCUGCAUAAUGCUAAAAGACACUGGUCUCUUAUCAGAAACUCUUACAGAUCUAAACCAAUACACUGCAGCCUUACUGAAACAAGUGUAUUGCCACAUACUCUCCAAAAUAAAACGCAGUCUUGGUGCAGAAGCAAACUCCACAUUGUGGCUUUGAGUUAAAACUGCAUUUUUUGGGGGGUUGUGGUAUAUGUUCAGUUUCUGUUUCUGUGUUUGUAUUACUCUUUUUUUUACCCACUUGAUUGACAUUUCUUUGAAGACCCUUGUGUUCACACACGACUAUAUUUCAAGAUGACAUUUCAUAUGACUGUACUGUUGGAGCCAAAUAAACACAGUCUUUCAAAUACAUCAAACAA